AUGACUAUUCCAACGCCAAGUACGUGUUGUUGUGAAAUAUUAAAAUGGAUUCCGGUCUUUUUUAUUCUUGGAAUUGUUGGAUGGUCUUAUUAUGCUUAUGUUGUACAAAUGUGUAUUUUGACUAUUGACAAUAUACCUAAGAAAGUGAUUUAUCUAUGUAUUUAUCAUGUAUUAUUUAUUCUUCUUUUAUGGUCUUAUUAUCGAACAGUAUUUACAUCUUUAGUUGGACCACCUAGACAAUUUUAUAUAAGUGAAAUUGAAGGUGAACAUAUUAUCGCAGCACAAACAGUUAGUGAAAGACGUGCUAGUCUUAUUCGCCUUUCUCGUGAAGCAAAUUUACCAUUAUUAACACGGCAGUUUGAUGGAAGUAUUCGUUAUUGUUCGAUAUGUAAAUGUAUAAAACCUGAUCGAGCUCAUCAUUGUUCAGUAUGUGAAAAAUGUGUUCUUCGAUAUGAUCAUCAUUGUCCAUGGACAAAUAGUUGUAUUUCAUAUGGAAAUUAUAAAUUUUUUAUUUUAUUUCUUGGUUGGGCAUUAAUUUUUUGUAUUUAUGUUGCGGCUACAUCCCUUCAAUAUUUUAUUUUAUCUUGGCAGAGUAUGACCAAUUUGGACAAACAUGAAACUAGUCCAAUAUCAAGAAGUGGAAAAUAUCAUAUACUUUUUCUUUUUUUUAUUGCAAUUGUCUUUGCUAUAAGUGUAUCAUCAUUAUAUUUUUAUCAUAUAUUUUUAAUUGUAAAAAAUCGAACAACAGUGGAAUCCCAUCGAGCACCAAUAUUUGCAAAUGGUCCUCAAAAAGAUGGUUUUGAUUUAGGAUGGAAAGAAAAUAUUCAAGAAAUAUUUGGAUCUAAUCUUUUGGAAGCAUUAAUACCAAUAUAUACAACACAAGGUGAUGGAGUUCAUUAUCAAAUAAAUAGUAUGCUACUUGAAGAUUUACAAGAACAAUCUAGAAAUCCAACUAGAGAUGUUGUUUUGGCACUUGAUACUUCAGCAAAUUCAGUUAAUAACGAUCGGAAUUACUUAUUAAGUGGCAAUCCCAACAGAAGAUAA